CACGUGCCCGCGCACUCGGGGGCAGCGAGAGCAUGAAUGAGAAGCAGAAGGAGGAAGUGACCGAGUUGUUCACACUCACGAGCCGGGACAGAGCCGGAACACAGCCGGAACACAGCCGGGACAUUUACAGAUCAAGCCCAAACAGGAAGCCUUCACCAUCAUCAUCGUCAUCCCUGAACGCUUCUCUUUAGACAUUUUGUGGCUGGAGUCUGGCGCAGAGAGGAUCGUUGGAGGGGAAUCCCGCCGGUCAGAGCGAGGGGGCGUAACCACCCACAGUGUGUGUGUGUGUAGCACGUGCAGUGUCAGUGACUACAAACCCGGAGGAAGACCCGGACCCGGGGCUCGCCUCUCAGCCACUGAUUCCCGGAAUUUAUUUCUUCUGUUCUGUAAUUGCUUCCCUUCCGGAUAUCGGUUAUCGAUCGUAAAUCAAGCGCCGAUCAGCAGCAGCUGACGGAUUUCCUCUCACCAGAAACAGUCCGCUCUGUUCCUCAGCAUCAUGGUGGAUUUUCUUUUCAGUCUCUUCAGAACUGAACCGGGUCUUCGUGGCGAGCCCCGCGGCGUCACCCGGCCUUCAAUCGACCGAUAAUCGAUAAUGCUGGGUGUUUAUCGAUCAUGGCCCGACGCCUCACCGAUCCAGUUUCGAAAGGAGAAAACAACCGUGUCCAUGUUGGUUUGGAUGCUUAAUCUUCGAAACGGUCUUAAGCUGUUUACUGGUUUCCUGAAGGAUUUUACGGACAUGACAAGCAGUUUUCCCAGAGUCCAGUUUCGUCUGGGAAAUCCUUCCCAGCAGCCCCUGCUGGAGUAAAGUGUGGGCUUCUACUUGUUAAUAAGGCAGUGCCUGCUGACGUCACCAGCUUCUGUGUUCCUAUUGGACGGUCUCUGAACAUCCGUGAUGUGUGGAGUGGCAGGCUAUCGGCUUUAACAGCAGUCGGCCUCCAGGGGGCGAUGGCCGCCGCCUAUACCAGCCGGGACAUCGUGGAGGAUUACCUCCGCUACAAGCUGCUCAAGAAGGGCGUGGUCUGGAGUUUCUCGCCGCCGCCACGCAGACCAGGCGCUGGCCGCGGACACCACGAAGCCUCGCCGUCGGCGUGGUCAUGGAGCUCUGAGCGAGCGAGGACGUCACACAGAGGCAGCGCUCCGGAUGACGCCCGGCAAGAUCCCCAGUUGGCCCCGCCCCGGCUGCAGGUCGCCCUGCGGUGUGCCGGCGACAAGCUGGAGCACCAUUACCGUGGCAACCUGGCGGCCCAGGUGUCGGUGCUCCUGCUGUGCGGGGACGGCGGCCGAGACGGCAGCCAGUCUGCACGGCGGCGAAGCCUGAUGGUGGUCGGGGAGGAGCUGUUCAGGGAUGGGAUCAACUGGGGACGCAUCGUGGCCAUGAUGGAGCUGGGAGGGGCUCUGAGCGCCGAGGUGGCCAAGACGGGCGGGGCGUGGCAGGUGGAUGACAUCGCCAGGUGGAUGGAGGAGAGUCUGGACUCGCCGCUGCUCCAGGGAUGGAUAGAAGACAAUGGAGGAUGGGAUGCCUUUGUGGAGUUGUACAGUGAAUCCAGACCGCCAGUCAGUUUCUGGUCUCUGAGGACAGUGUUUGGGCUGGCUGUACUGGGAGCAGCUGGGAUCACACUGGGAGCCCUGUUCACCCAGAAGUAACUCCGACUCCUGGUCUGGACCGA